CGUUCCGCCGUCCGCCCCGCCUGGCAACCCGGCCCUUUGCCGGGGCCGCUAGCCAUGGCCCGAACGACCUGGACGCGGCGCUGACGGCGGCCGGCGGAGCGCGCCAUGCCCAGCCGGACGGACCCCAAGAUGGACGGGAGCGGCGGCCGCGUCCGUCUGAAGGCUCACUACGGCGGGGACAUCCUGAUCACCAGCGUGGAUGCCAUGACAACAUUCAAGGACCUCUGUGAGGAAGUGCGAGACAUGUGUGGCCUGCACCAACAGCACCCACUCACCCUCAAGUGGGUGGACAGUGAAGGUGAUCCUUGUACCGUGUCCUCACAGAUGGAGCUGGAAGAAGCUUUCCGGUUGGCCUGUCAGGGCAGAGAUGAAGUGCUCAUCAUCCAUGUUUUCCCGAGCAUUCCAGAACAGCCAGGCAUGCCUUGUCCUGGAGAAGACAAAUCCAUCUACCGCCGUGGGGCCAGAAGAUGGAGGAAGCUGUACCGCGCCAACGGCCACCUCUUCCAAGCCAAGCGCUUUAACAGGAGAGCGUACUGUGGCCAGUGCAGCGAAAGGAUAUGGGGUCUCGCGAGGCAGGGCUACAGGUGCAUCAACUGCAAGCUGCUGGUCCAUAAACGCUGCCACGUCCUCGUCCCGCUGACCUGCAGGAGGCAUAUGGAUUCUGUCAUGCCUUCCCAAGAGCCUCCAGUAGAUGACAAGAAUGAUGGUGUAGACCUUCCUUCAGAGGAAACUGAUGGAAUUGCUUAUAUUUCUUCAUCUCGGAAACAUGACAACAUCAAAGAUGAUUCUGAGGACCUUAAGCCUGUCAUCGAUGGGGUAGACGGUAUCAAAAUCUCUCAGGGGCUGGGGCUGCAGGACUUCGACCUCAUCAGAGUCAUCGGGCGUGGGAGCUAUGCCAAGGUCCUCCUGGUGCGGCUGAAGAAGAACGAUCAGAUUUAUGCCAUGAAGGUGGUAAAGAAGGAACUUGUCCACGAUGACGAGGACAUCGACUGGGUGCAGACAGAGAAACACGUGUUCGAGCAGGCGUCCAGCAACCCCUUCCUGGUUGGCUUACACUCCUGUUUCCAGACAACGAGCCGGUUGUUCCUGGUCAUAGAGUACGUCAAUGGGGGGGACCUCAUGUUCCACAUGCAGAGGCAGAGGAAGCUUCCAGAGGAGCAUGCCAGGUUCUAUGCUGCUGAGAUCUGUAUUGCUCUCAACUUCCUCCAUGAGAGAGGGAUCAUCUACCGGGACCUGAAACUGGACAACGUCCUACUUGAUGCCGAUGGACACAUUAAGCUGACGGACUAUGGCAUGUGCAAGGAAGGCCUGGGCCCUGGUGAUACAACAAGCACUUUCUGUGGAACCCCGAACUAUAUUGCCCCUGAAAUCCUGCGAGGAGAAGAGUACGGGUUCAGCGUGGACUGGUGGGCGCUGGGCGUCCUCAUGUUUGAGAUGAUGGCUGGCUCCCCCUUUGAUAUCAUCACGGACAACCCUGACAUGAACACCGAAGACUACCUUUUCCAAGUUAUCCUGGAAAAGCCAAUCCGGAUCCCCCGCUUCCUGUCUGUCAAGGCCUCACACGUCUUGAAAGGAUUUUUAAAUAAGGAUCCCAAAGAGAGACUUGGCUGCCGACCACAGACUGGGUUUUCCGACAUCAAGUCCCAUGCCUUCUUCCGCAGCAUAGACUGGGAUCUGCUGGAAAAGAAGCAGGCCCUGCCUCCCUUCCAGCCCCAGAUCACAGACGACUAUGGCCUGGACAACUUUGAUACGCAAUUCACCAGCGAGCCCGUGCAGCUGACUCCAGAUGACGAGGACGUCAUAAAGAGGAUUGACCAGUCUGAGUUCGAAGGCUUUGAGUACAUCAACCCGCUUCUGCUCUCUGCUGAGGAGUCUGUGUGAGGCCGCGAGCGUCUCUGUUGUGGACACGCCUGUGAAUGACCCUGUCACUUUACCCUUAACCACAGCAUAUGCAUGCCAGGCUGGGCACGAGGCUCCGAGCAGCCAAGGAGGGAUGCUGGCCACUGAGACCGCAGAGGGGCAUCCAACAGGCACUUCUGGACAGAGCAGUCUCUUGUGUCCAGACCCCAGAGGCUGGCUUUGUGCUGGAGGAAUCGCUUCCUGUGCCCAUGGCAGCCCGACCAGAGGGCGAGACAGUCAACGCCGUUUUGAAGGUGCACAUUUUCCACAGAAACAGAACUCGAUGCACUGACCCGCUCCAGGAAAGUUAGCGUGUAAUGCCCUGAGGAAUAAAAUGUACCGAUGAUGUUGAAGCUUC